AUGUUGAUCACGCUAUGUCCUCUUUAUGUCAGAUAUUUGACCUCUACUGGGCCUCUUAUGACUUGUCAUGCCCUCAAGAGAAAAAGAGAGAAAGAAAAUAGUUACAGUGAGUUACUGUAAUACAUGUAACUGUUGACUUUGGAAUUGUUGAAUAUUUUAUUUUAAGAGUUUGUUGAACAGAGCCAGAAUUAAGGUGGCUUGACUGGAUUUAGGGGGUAUACCUCCCAAGUUUGAGCAUUAACUAUGCCAGCUUCUUAUGAUCUGGGUUUUAUUGCAAUCGGAGUCGCCAUGGCAGUGUAAUGACACCAUUACAUUUUUUAUCUUUGUGUUUCUCUGUACCAGGAGUGUUUUUAAGAAAUUGCUUAAGAGAUUAUGUACCUAUCAUAAUUGCGUCAAUUAAGGCAUAAUUGUUUCAAUUAAGGCAUUUUGGAAAUACAGUGUAUUUUUAAACAAAGUUUUAAGAAUCAUAAAAGCAGUGAAAUAGCAUGCUAUCCACACAAUUAGCUAAUGUUGUAAGAAAAUCAUAGCAACUCUUUCUAAAAGUUGCUGUGAUGUUAUAACCCGAGUAAGAUAAUUAAGUAUUACAUCCUACAUGAUGAGCCUUGAUGUUCACCGUUUCGACUCUCACUGCUAUCCAUGACACAGGGCAAUUAUUAGCAUUUUGCGGAUACUUCUUUGGAAAGUAAUUUAGAGUUCUUUUAAAUGUAAAUUUAUUUCUUUUGCUAAUUGUACAUGUGCAUAUGAAACUUGAAAACAAUGCCACUGAAUAAUGAGGAAGCACACUAAGGGAAAAUUUGGUUAUACACGGUUGUCAAAAGUAGCAGGCUGCCGGUCAAAAGUGCCGCCUACUUGGUUAGUAUCGGCCGGCUACUCUGCUUGGCAUUUCUUUCCGGAUGACGUUUUUUAAAUAAAAUAUCCCUGGACUGGCUGCUUACUUUGACAACUCAGCUGUGUACUUCAAAACUUUCUGACAACCCUGGUUAUAUUGGAGGCCCUUUUUAAAAGCCUUCACGGUUUUCAAUGUUCUUGAAGCUUGAAGGGUAUAUUUAUUAACGAUUGACCUUGAGAUUGGCAAGUUUACGAAAAAAUUUAUCAAGUGUUUUUUGAAUAAUGCGAAAUUUGUAAGCAUGGACCAAAUUAUGUGCAAAAACUGUAACAAAAGCAGCUGAAUGCAGGUUAAUAAAAUUCUUCUCACUCACGAUCGCCCAGAGCAAUUCCGCUCUUUCUUUUGCACACAGUUUUCAAUGGAAUCAAAUCAUUAUGAGAUGAAACCAUGUUUCGAAAGCUUAGUAUUUUCUUAACAUAUUAGCCAAUUGUGUGGAUAUAUAGCAUGCUAUUUCACUGUUUUUAUGAUUCUAAAAACUUGUUUCCAAAUAUUUCCAAAAUGCUCUCACAGAAUUUGUUCAAACUUUGCCAUAAUUGAAGCAAUUAUGGCAGGUACAUACUCCCCUAAGCCAUUUCUAAAAAACACUCCUGGUACAGAGAAACACAAAAAUAAAAAAAUAAAAACAUAAUGGCGUCAUUAGGUUGCCACGGCGACUCCAUUUGCAAUGAAACCCAGAUAAUAAGAAAUUUUAUGUUUAUAUAAUACAGUAAUGUUGUGGUAGCCUUUUUCCCAUGUCUUUACUCAUGCUGAUGUAGUUAAUGCUUAAACUUGGAAGGUACCCCCCUAGAAUAUCCAGUCAAGCCACCUUAAAUAAUUUUGUUUUCUCUGUCAUACCUUUUUCUUGCAAUCUUUCAUAGGUAAAGAGAGAUGAGGAAGUGAAGAAACCUAUCAGGUCUGGUUCCCCCAAUGAAAUUAGGAACAAGGAGGAUAUCUCCCCUGUACCUGCUAAAGCUGUUACCCCACCACCUGAGAAUGAAGAUAACAAGUCAGGUCUUACUUGCAGAAUGCGGCUAUUCCUGAAGAAGGCACAGAUGGUGACAGGUGAAAGAAGGGCAAAGGGACAGGCCUUGCUGGGAGCUUUGGAAAGGCCAGGCAUCACUCAGCUCCAGGUGCGGGAGUUCUUAGAGCUGGCUGAUGAAAACGGACAAGUGAGACCAGCCCCUUCAAAGCAGUCUGAUAAACCUUUUUUCAUUCCUGAGUCCCCUUUGUAA